UCUGUCUCUCUCUCUCUUUCUCACAAUUUCUCUUCUUAAAAGCAUAUUUUAAACCUACCCCUAACCUACCCCUAACCUUAACCACACUGCUUACCUUAAUGCAUAACCCAAAACCUCAGAUGAAGUCCAAAAAGCACAUUUUUUUGUUUUGUAGCCAAAUGUUGUCUUUGUGGCUGUGGAAUGUGACUUGGUGGCUGUGUUAUUUAGUGGAACCACUUCUUCCUUCACUGAAGACGGCGACGUGACCAGCGCAGGCCGCGUUAUGACUCCGUGACGCCCCCUGGUGUUCAGUACAGAGAAACGCCGUCAGCUGCAGAACAGGAUGACGUAGCAAACAACAGGAAACGCCCACUUCGGUUACCGCACGUGUCAAUAAUGUUUGGUAACAAAGUGUCCCCCAUGCGAGGCGCGCGGAAGUCAAUUAACGGGAAUCGUUCACCGGUGAGCAGAGUUAACACUUUCAAGUUUCGCAGCUGAAAUUUGACGCAGAACCGAAACGUUUCUUGUCUGUGUUUGAGGAGCGUGUGGUAAAGAUGGAGUGGAGAGAACAGACCAGUGUGACCUGUGAAGAUGCCUUCACCGAGGCUCAACGCUGGAUGGAGGAAGUGACAAAUAAAUCAUUCGGGAGUAACAACUUCCGCUCCGCUCUGGAGAAUGGAGUCCUGCUCUGCCAUCUAAUCAACCAGCUGAAACCAGGUGUUAUUAAGAGAAUGAACAUACUGUCUACUCCAAUGGCCGGACUGGACAAUGUGAAUGUGUUCCUGAGAGCGUGUGGUACAUUGGGUCUACACGAGGCUCAGCUGUUUCACCCUGGAGACCUGCAAGACCUGUCCACACGCGCUACACUCAGGUGUGUAGAGGGCAAAAGGAGGCUGAAAAACGUUUUAAUCACCAUCUACUGGCUGGGUCGGAAGGCUCUGGCGGACCCGUUAUACUCUGGCCCUCAACUCAACCUCAAAUCAUUCGAGGGACUACUGGGUAUCGCUCUGUCCAAGGCUCUAGAAGAAACCCCCAGAGGCAGUGUGAAGGACGGUGACGUGAGCUACCCAGAGCAGGAUGAUGAACUGUUACCUCUAACCCAGUCCCAGCCACCAGGCUACAGCAGAGAGGACUCGGUAGAGAGCUUUAAAUCGGUCCUGAGCUUUGACUCGGCCGAGUCGCCACGGACCCUCAGCUAUAUCUCUGACUCCAUCCUGAGGGCCGGCAGCGAGGACUCCAGCAGUGAAGUGGAGGCAGAGAGCUGUUUUAGGAUGAAGGCGGCAGAGGGCAGAGACUCGGGACAGAGGAACUGGGGCAGUGUACCUGCACCCUUCCAGAGGAAGAAAUGGGUGGAGAAGCCAAUUAAGGGCUGCAUCCCCAGCCCUCUCACCAGAGACUUGGAGGUAAACCCAGGAUGGAUAUGGAGCAAGUCGUUGAAUGACAUCAGACGGUACCCGUCGGCCACGCAAGUGGUGCGCCAGGUUUCUGAGGGUGGCUUCGAGGAGCUAAGCCCCAGCGCCGUGAGCCAGGACCAGCUGCAGACGGUCAGAGCCCGGGUCCACGAGAGUGAGGCCAAGUGGCACAACGACCUGACCAAGUGGAAGCUCCGGCGUCACAGGUCAAACUGUGACCUGCGGAGGAAGAUGCAGGAGAGGGACAACGCAGGGGUCGGGACAUGCAGGAGCCUACAAGAGGACAGGGAAGAGGAUGAGGAGUCCCUAUGCAGCAGUAGCUACAACGAGGUCUCUCCCUCCACCUCGGUCAAGGAAGGUUCCCUGGAGCUCCGAGCCCACACCAGAGACCCUGCCUCGGUCAAGGAGGGUUCCCUAGAGCUCCGAGCCCAAACCAGAGCCUCGACCUCGGUCAAGGAGGGUUCCCUGGAGCUCCGAGCCCCCACCUCGGUCAAGGAGGGUUCCCUGGAGCUCCGAGCCCACACCUCGGUCAAGGAGGGUUCCCUGGAGCUCCGAGCCCAAACCAGAGCCCCCACCUCGGUCAAGGAGGGUUCCCUGGAGCUCCGAGCCCCCACCAGAGCCCCGCUGGCCCUCAGCUCCUCCGUGGAGUCCCCCUACAGCGCCGGAGCCUCGGAACCCUUCACCACCCCCAGCCUGACCCUCCAGGCCCAGGGACCCUCGGCCGGAGCUGUGCCCCAAUCGGAGCCCCUCGUCCUGGGGGAGAGGCGUCGUCACACACCGGUGGAGCCAGACGGAGCUGGAGGUUUAGCCACUUUCCCCGACUCUGCCUCUCCCUUCUCCUCCCAGACCCGUGCCCAGAGCAUCUCUAGCCCAGCUCUCGUGGUCUCCACUGGACGAGACCAGACCAUCUCUAGCCCAGCUCUCGUUGUCUCCACUGGACGAGACCAGAUCUCCACGACCCUCACUGGAUCUGGUUCAAACCUAACCAGCGGUACCAGCUCCUCCCACAGCCUCUCUGCCUCCAUGGACAUCCCAGGCCAAGCUCUCCUCUCUACUGUACAGUCCCUGACCUCUGUGGCCCCGGCCCCGGGUCACGUCUCAGCUCCCCAGCGGCAGGAGCUCCAUCUCUACAGGUACAGCUCCAGGGCUCCGGGAGGAAGAGGAGGGACUGGGGUGUCUGCCUCUCUCCCCAGGGGAUACUGCCGGUCUGAGGGCUCUUCGUCCUGCCUCUCUGCCGGCUUCACCCCCCGGCCGUUUGGAGCCAAGUCUUCCAGAGUGUCCUCGCUACCCAGGCUCUACAACUUGGAGAACUCUCUGCAGAACCGAAAUGGUUCUCUGACCUCCACCAAGACACGCCCCCAGAAAAUGGUCACUAUCUCGGAGGUCGCUGUCGCGGCUCAGCCCUGGGCCACGGCCAAUCGGAGCGGCGUGAACCAGGAAGUAAAUGAGGAGAGUGGGAAUCAGACCCAGCUUUCUAUCCUGAAGACCAGAGGUGGUCCUGGACCUGCCACCUGCCCCAAACCCAGCCUGAAAGGACCUUUUGCCCCUUCUCUCCUGCCCAGCCUCCCUGUCCCUGUCUCAGGCAGACAGAACGCCUCUGCCCAGGUACGUCACGGUGACAGAGUGAGUCUUACCUUGAAGCUUACCAGUCGACCACACUUUGGUUUCAACACUCACUGGGACUCGACAGGAGCGCGAGUCGGAGGCAUCCAACCAGGUAGUCCUGCAGACUUGUGCCAGCUGCGUGCAGGUGAUGAGAUCGUGUCUGUUGGUGGGCACAGGGUGGCAGAGAUGAGCCACGGCCAGUGGAAGGGUACGAUGACCUCUGCCCUGCAGAAGGGCAGUCUCACCAUGGACGUACAGCGCUAUGGUAACAACGGUCCAACUGAUACCAGCAGAGAGACAACGAUGGUGAAACUGGCCCAGCUCAACGGACAAGAGGGGGUGACCUCUAAAAGCACGAAGGGAGGUUUUCGGGACGAUCCUCUGGCUAUCAGAAGUAAAGAACAUGAUCUGAUUGUUCUGAAAACCCAGAAAAGGAGAGCAGAGUUUUUUAAUCAGAAAGGCGGAUCGGCGUCGGCAAUAUCUGAUCUCCAGGUACCGUCCCUCAGCACCUCCUCCUCCAGUUGGUCCUGGGACCCCGAGGAAGAGAGGAGGAGGCAGGAGAAGUGGCAGGAGGAGCAGGAGCGCCUCCUACAGGAGAAGUACCGUGAGGACCAGGAGAGGCUGGAUGCUGAGUGGCAGCAGGCCCAGGAGGAGGCAGGAUACAGACAGGCUGAGGUGACCCCUGAUCCUCUACCGUCCAGAGGCAUCGUGGGAAAUGUAGUCCCUUGUGUCGACUCAUCCGCACCGAACACGGAGAGCGCAGGAGAGAUGACCAAUGGGAUCGCUAGCCUUGCCAGUCCUCAGCCGGUCUUGAGCCAGCCCAUGCCCCCUGUUGCCCAUGUGGCAUCCAAUCAAAAGAAGGAAGUUGUUUUUGACGGGGGAAGAAGGGAGGAGCCUCAUCCUCAAGAAGGGAGGAGCUUGGAAGAGGAGACUGGUGGACUGGCAGAAGGAGAUACUUGGUCUGGGGACUCCUAUGGUUUCACCCAGCUAUCUAUAGCUGACAGGAUGAAAUCCAAGUCCUUCCCGUCGCUGGAGGGUUUCCACAGACAGGAAGUGAAAGGCGUUACCGGGGAGGUCGCUAGGAGGAAGUCUCGUCAGAGCAUGUCGUUAGUCGAGGCUGAGAGGCAACAGAUCCUGGAGGAGAUGAGGAAGAGGACGGCUCUGCUGACCGACAACAGCUGGAUACGACAACGGUCCACCUCUGACAACAAACAGCCCAAUUACCGGCGAGGGCCAAUGAGGAGGUACGACUCUCUGGACAACCUUUCCUCUUCUUCCUCUCUGCUCUCGAACCCCCAACGCCCCCACUCCUCCCUGGGUUUCUCCGCCCCAUACUGCCCCCCUUCCUCCCGGCACAGCAUGGGUGGAGCCCUGGGGGGUUACUCCAACGGGACCCAGAAACACAGCCCUACCAAGCCCCGCCCCUUCAGCGCGUCUUCCACCCCACCCAACACCGGAGAGGAACCCGCCACCGGCGAAUCACGACCCGUCUCACAGCAGCACGACCGAGUGCUGACUUCUCGUCAGGUGUGUUCAGUGUGUGUGUGUCCUAUGGGCAGAGGGGCUGCCAUGGUCAUUGAGACCCUGAACCUCUGCUUCCACCUGGCCUGCUUUCAGUGUGUGGACUGCAGGUGCCGACUUGGCGGGUCAGAAGUCAGAGCCCAGAUCAGAAUCAGUAACGGGAAGCCUUACUGUGACCCCUGCUACAUCCGACUCAAGUCUCACCUUGCCACCUCCCAGUGACCAGAAUGCAUUGCAGCAGAUUGAGGAGGAGACGACGACGGUGGAGAACUUGACUAUGACCUUCUGUUGACUACGUAUUUACAGCUGGUUAACGUUUGUUUUUGUUUUUUAGGGAACAAUCCACCGAUUUAUACUAUGGCUUCCUUAUUCCCUACAUAGUGCACUACCCAUAGGGCUCUGGUUAAUAGUAGUGCACUUUGUAGGGAAUAGGGGGCCAUACACUACGUCUCUGACUAAGUUUUGGUGUUCUUCCGUAGUUAAUUAACUACUGUACUUGUCCGUAGCGUUUAAUAUGCAAUCGAUGGCUAUCCACGACAAUAUCUGGACACGUGGUAGUUAAGAGCUAUAGGGAGUUUUUAAAUCACAAUUGAGACUUGGGAUUUGUUUUUCUUUGUUGAUGAAGUAAAUUUAAUAAAUGAAUCUAAUAAAUGUGAGCAUUGUAUUUGA